AUUAUGCGAAUCGCGAUAGGAUUAUUGUACAAAUUAUUAGGUGGACAGUCAUCGUACGUGUCAGGGCGUCUCGUCUCCCGCGAAAAUAAACACUCUCGCAUGCAUUGAAUAACAGCACCAGCACCUGGAGACAGUCGGCAACAACAGAUUGUUCGGCGAAACUGGUUCGAGGCUGUGCACCACCGCGUGCGUCGCCGAGCCGGGAGAGAGAGAGAGAGAGAGAGAGACGAGUAUCAAGCCCAAGUGGGGGGGAUAGACGCGGCGGCGGAGCCGCGGGAGCAACAGCGAGCGGCGAAGCAGCAGUAGUAUACUUAGUAGCCUACGUGCCACGACUGUCGCAGCUCAGAGGAGUCUCGCGACUUUUGACACGCGCGCACCACGCAGUCUUAUACCCAGACCGGUCUACUGGCCGAGUAUCCUAGGCGGAUCGCGAUUUUUUUCCUGCAUUCGCUCUGCUCAUUCAUCGAAUCGUAUCCGUAAUAUCUGGCAUUCGGAGGAGGGAACUCGCCGAGAGAGUUGCUAGUAGUUACCAUACCUACUUGCUCGGCUGCAGUGUUUACAAGUGAACGAGGAAAGCUGCGUCGAGUUUUUGUUGUUUUUUUUUGUUUUUUUUUUCUCCUGUCUACCACGUGUCGACGCGGAUACACAGGCCGACAGAUGAGGGAGCUACCUCAGGAGGACAGCAUGAAUCCCUUCGCGGAUUACGAGAAGACCGACAUCUCCAACGUGGUGUCGAUGAGCCAGGACUACUUCAGGACGUUCGAGGACCAGGAGGAUCACCUGCUGCUCGACAUGGACUCGCUGGUGCAGCGCAACAACGACGACGAGAUGCUCAUGUCCAGGAUCUACAGCGACAACGCGUCCUCGAAAAAGUGCUUGCUCGGCGAGGAGACGGAGGCCGAAGUGGACGGAGCUACCUGGUCGUCGAAGCCGAUCGAGGACUGGUGCCAGGAGGAGACGAUAAACUGGCUGAUGACGGCCGCCUCGUGUCUCGGACAGAACUACGGCUCGAUCCAGCAGAACCUCGCGCUCCCCGGCAAGGAGCUGCUCAGCCUCUCGCGACACGACUUUGUCGCCCGGGACCCGGUCUUCGGCGAUCGGCUCUACAACCUGCUGCACACGCAGGCUGUGUCCAGCCAGUGCAAGAGCGAUUACUUCGCGCCGAGGCACGGCGCCGCCUCCAACAACAACGUCGCCUCACACGGGGAGCAGGACUUUGCCAACCGGACGCGCCAGUCGGACAGCUACCAGAACCUCUGCAACAGCAGCAGCGGAGAGGACGAGAACCGGGCGCACGGAUCCAACAACGUGUCCGAUGCGGAAUCAGAUAACAGUAUAGAGAUAUCGACGAAGCGUCCACCGGGAAGGCCGAGGCUCUUGAAAACCAAGAAAAAUCCCACGAGUCAGGGAAAACUUUGGGAAUUUAUAAGGGAUCUGCUGCGCGAUCGAAAGACCUGUCCCAGUCUCAUAUGCUGGGAGGAUUAUUCGCAGGCGAAAUUCCGAUUCGUACGUAGCGACGAGGUAGCAAAACUCUGGGGUUCGCGAAAAGGCAAUACGAAGAUGACUUACGAAAAGCUCAGUCGUGCAAUGAGGUACUACUACAAGAGGAAAAUAUUCCUCCCAGUCCUCGGAAGAAGAUUAGUAUACCAAUUUGGGCCGAACGCGACUGGCUGGCAGACCGACAACCCGAAUUUUCGAUUCUGAGCUCGACGCGUGCAGUUACACUGCGUGCAGCCCGUGCCAAAUAAAAUUCCAUGUGCCAGAGUCAAUUCCGAUGACGGAUUGAGAAAAGCGUCGCGCGUCGAGUCGCGUCGACAUCGAGCCCAUCAGCGUCGAGACCAAGCCUCGCGAGCGUACAGUCGCGCCGAAAAGCUCAAGAGUAUAUAUUAAUCUUCAAGAAGACUGAUUCUAAUACAUUUCGUGCGAUUUUUUUUUCUAUUUUUUAACGUGUGUCGUUUGUUGAUCGUCGGUGGAACAUCGACCGACGGCAAUUUGUUAUCGAGAGAGCAGAGUAUGCUUGUCAAGAUAUUAAGAGUAAAGUGGACCAGUGUUGUUAAAAUUGUUGGAGUUUUUUUGUAAUAUAUUCUAUAUAUAUAUAUAUAUAUAUAUGUAUAAUAUACAUAAGUAUGCAUAAAUAUUAAGAUCAUUUAACAAAGCAUUAUGGAAGUGCGUACAUUUCAUAAACCUUUACCUGAUGCUAAACUACCUAGCGAAAUCCCUACGCGCACAUUCAUUUUGUCACUUAUUGUAUACAAGCGAUUCAUACUAUAUAGUAACAAUGUAUAACAGUUGAUUCGGUUUAUCGGAAGCAUGGUUCAAGCAAUCACCUUUGUCAUUUAAAUUGAAAGGUUUUGUAAAUUCGUAAAUGUAUUUGAGUGGCGGUACAUAAUUCGGUUACUGGAACUCCGUAAUAACGUCGAGGUUAAAGUUAGCCUGUCGCAAAACUUUUUUUAAACUCCUGUACUUUGAAUACUAUUUAAUUCUAAAAUUUUAACGGCGCGUUACAAGCCCUUUAAUUCUUUUUUAAUAACGAACAGCUUUUCUCUCUAACUUACUAUAUCACAGAAUUAUAAGAGAUUUGAAUCUUUUUAUUUCGGAAUAGUAAUCGCAAAUUCAUCGCGAACGCAGCGACUAUGGACAAAGAUUAUUAUCAUGUAUAAGCUAUCGUUAAAAAGUCGUUGGUUCAAUAGUUUAUUCAUAAAAGCAAUCGAAAAGCUCAAGUAAUUUGAUCCAAAAUAUUACCUUGAUCAAAGCCCUUUAAAUAUUGUGUUCAUCAUUAUCGUUAACUAUUUUUCAAACCAUCUGAAUAGCGGUAGCGAGAAAAUUAUUCAUCAUAAAUUCGUCAAUCCUAUCUACUUGUGUAUAUAUAGCAGUUGCAAUAUGCAAAAAAAUAUCUUCGAUCAUAAGGAUCUUUACAAGUUUCUUAUUGAACUGGCGGAAUAUCGGUAGUUUACUAUCUUCUGUUUUCGUUUAUCUUUCUUUUAAUAUUUAACAACCUGUUGGUAUUGAGUUUUAAUUCUUAAAUCGACGAUUACUUACUACGUAUUAAAGUUUUUCUUACAAGGUACAGUACAUUUUUUUUUUUCAUAUUUUUUCUUCAAUUCUGUGGCAAAAAUUAGCAAGCGUUCUAAAGGCACGAAAUUCGGAAGAUUGGAACUAUUUUUUAUAUAUAUGUAACGCUUCUGUAAAGAAACACGAAUCUCGAAAAUGAGAUGGUAAAAUUGAGAAUGCAUCAUAAUUUUUUUCCUUUUUUCGGUACUUUUCUGACUUAUGCAAAGCUUACUCAUGGUCAUAAAUAUAUUUACUGUUGAUUGUUAAAGCUUAUAAUGUUAAAACUGUCUCUAACAAACUGGUAAUAUCCAUGCAUCAGUUUUAAACUUUCGACUUAAAUUUCAAAAGUAUGUUUUAAAGAUGGUAUUGUGCAGCAAAAAAAUGAUAUGGCGUAAUUGUGUGCGCGAAUCUGAUUCUCACUUGCCUUUGCGGAAAAUAUAGAUAGCAAAAAUAGGACGUUUUUGGAAUAUUUCUUCCGAAAAAUAGUUAAUUCUGUGAAUGUGUUUCUGAUACGAAAAAAGCGUAUCGUGCAUCGUACAAUUUAACUUACAUGUAGAAAUAGAUACAGUAUUUCUAAAGAUUGUUAACGCAAAUAUUUGUGGUCGUAGAAGUGCAUGAAACGCUAGCCGUCCGUUUCAUUCUUAAUCUAGGUAGUAAACUUGACUGGAGUCCUUAAUUUGGAUGGUCACGAUUAAACCUCGGAUAUCCUUGGGAUGUCUUCGACAAAUCAAUUUGCCUGUCACAAUCUCACCUGUGAAAAAAUGUUGAAAUGUCAAAGCAAAUAAAUAAAGUGAAGCUAGCAA